UUUUUUUUUUUAACCCCCCUUUUCCUUCCUCCAUACCUAUUACCCUCCGUCGAACUCCUAAUUCUCGACGGUCGCGAUACUCACAUCUAUCUGUGCUUGUUUUUGCUUUUCCUCUAUAUACCUUAUUUUGUUCGGAGAGCUCGACUCCUUCGACCGGGUAUAGCCAGCGUUGUACGAAACUUUGGUCCGCGGCGGUUCAACCUUGAUCGAUUACCUUAACCUUUUGCUCGCACCUAGGUUUUCUCCUACUCUGACACGCUCUCGCAACAAUAAUAACAACACAACAACACAAACAACAGAGAUCAUGGUCAACAGUACAGCUGCGGUCUUGGAGCCCACAUUCACGGGAUAUGUUGCGACCACCACAGAUGCCUUGGUUCUCUUCGAAGCUUGUCUGACCGGUGUCCUGCAUCAUGUUCCGCGUCGCCCUCAUGACCGGGAGCGCAGUCAUCUCGUCCGCAGUGGAAGCGUCUUCAUCUACGAGGAGAACUCGUCUGGCAUCAAGCGAUGGACUGACGGCGUGACCUGGAGUCCUAGUCGGAUUCUUGGCAACUUCCUCGUCUACCGAGAACUCGAGAAGCCUUUCCCGCCGGGUGAGAAGAAGCGCGCCAUGAAGAAGGCCAACCGUCGACCCGCACCCCCCAGCAGGCCUGGCGAGCCCUAUCCGCGCCAUGAGGCCGCGGGCCCGAGCUACUCCCCAUCCCCUUCGUCCUCGGGUCCGUUUGGAGGAGACCGCACACAUCAGUCGGAGGUGGAGCGAGCGCUGGUCGGUUCGCUUGUCGAUUCGUAUGGCUUCAAGGAUUCGGGCCUUGUGAAGAAGACCAUGAGUGUGACCGUUGCCGGUGUGACACACCACCUCGUGUCUUAUUACAGUGUCGAUGAUGUUAUGCGCGGUGUCCUGAGCCCUCCGUCGCUGGUCGAGUCUCUGAAGUACAUUCGUCCGCGCAUGGAAUUGACUCAGAAGCAAAGCUUCCGCGCUCCGAUCGAUGACCUGGAGACCAACAGCAUUGACAAUCCCAACGAUCCCACCCAUGCUAUGUACAGCUACCGUCCUCCGAUGAUGGCGCCCCCAGGCUAUGCUAUUCAACCUACCGCACACGCAGACUUUUACAUGCAUCCAAAUCCGUAUGCGCCCGCGCACCCGCCGCCCCCGGCCCCUAUGGCAGGCUAUUCAAUGGCGGGACCGAUUCCUGCUCAACCAGCUCCUAACCCGUACCUGCCAGCUCCUGCAGCAGCACAACCACACAUCAAAUCCGAAGAAUACCCCCCACCUUUCCGAGCUCCUUAUGCGACCACAGCCGCCUUUGAGCCGCCUAGCUAUAACCCGUUGGGUUCGUCCAUGCCCCCGGCUCUGAACACUGCUAUUCCUAGUUCCCUGGGCAGCGAUCGGAGUCGGUCUCAGUCUGAGCAGAGCCCGACUGCCUACCGGAAUGCGUCUAUCUCUUCGCGCAGCGUGGCGACCGAUGCCACCUCUCCGAUCGACCCAUCGACUCCGGCCAGCUAUUCCCGCGGAAGUUUCAGCCUCGCGAGUCAGUUGGAUGGAUCGCACCCGUCGAUGGAGCCCCGAGGAGUGGCUGGUUUCGAUCCAUCGAUUCCCCGUCGGGAGUCCAUCCCAUACUACGCGCGCGAUAACCGAUAUUACAUGGGCGCAACUGCACCGGGAGCACAUGCCACUUAUCCCCAGCAGAUUUCACCGUGGACCACCACCGCGCCCGCACAGCCGCAGAUCUAAUCAUUUCCUUUCCUUUGGCAGUUUUGUUUUCUUGGGAUAGACCUGCAUAUUGGCCGCGCAGUUAUGGUUGCGAGGCCACGUCCAUCUCUGAAUUUCUGUUUACUAUGAUGACACGAUUGCAAUACCUCUUUGUUUUGUCUUGUCUUGUUUCCUCGACCCACCGCAUACACCCCUUUGCGUUUACUAAUGUCUGGCGGUUACGUUCUUUCGUCUUUAUAUGUUGUUUUUCACGCGUUUAUGAGCAAUGGUAUGGUUUGGGCGGUUCGGUCUGGGGCGGUUAUCUGUUUUCUCUCUUUUUUUUUUUUUUUU